CCCUGGCCCCGCCCCUCGUCAUCCCGGCCGGGGCGGGGCGAGAGGCUGCGCAAGCGCAAACUGAGCGCCUUCUGUUGCCUUGGGAACGAUCCUCGGGGCGCCUAGGUGGGCCCCUGGACCGGGCGAGCUGCUUUAGGACCGCACUCCCCGCGCUCAGCCCCGCUUCCUGCCCACAACCGGAUGCGUGCGGGCUGGGCCCCCUGCCUCUGAGUUCACUCCAUGGUUACUCCUGUAGGCUAUGGCUGUCGCCGUUUCCUGCAGCUUCAGGCUCCACCUCGCCUCAAAGUCGACCUAAGCGCUCCUCUGUGCGGUGCGGUAGGAUGGAAACCACCCCCUCACUGCUGUUCAGAUGUGCACUUCCUGUACUUCUUCGAGGGUAAGAAGGGUCGCCUUGCAUUGCUGAGGACAUCAAUCGGGAACUCAGUAUUCCCUUCGGUGCUGUGGGGAACAAAUCCCUGAUAGGAAAAGUAUAUCAGACCUGUACUGAGAGCUUAAUGAAAAUGGACACACUUCCUGCCUUCCCAGAGCAAACAGACUAACAGGGAAGAUACCUGGUUUCUUCCAGUUUACCCUGAGUUACACGAGAAGAUGAAAUACAUUGCCAAGAAAUGUGGAGUUAGGUUCCAGCCGCCAGCUGUGAUCUUGAUUUAUGAGAAUGAAACCGAAGGAAAGAGCCGCCAGCGGAUCAUGCCUGUCCGAAACUUUUCAAAGUUCUCAGAUUGCACCAGAGCUGCUGAACAGUUAAAGAAUAACCCACGGCACAAGAGUUACCUGGAACAGGUGCCCCUGAAGCAGCUGGAGAAGCUGUUUGUUUUUUUGCGAGGUUCCUUGCAGGGGCAGAGCUUGGCAGAAACAAUGGAACAGAUUCGGCGGGAAACGACCAUCGAUCCCGAGGAAGACCUGAACAAACUGGACGACAAGGAGCUUGCCAAAAGGAAGAGCAUCAUGGAUGAGCUUUUCGAGAAAAAUCAGAAGAGAAAGGACGACCCCACUUUUGUGUAUGACGUCGAGGUGGAGUUCCCUCAGGACGAACAGCUGCUGUCCUGCAGCUGGGACACAGCGUCAGUCGAUGACUUCUGAGGAAACGCUCCACGUUUCCACAGAGAACAAAGAUCAGUUCUAGAAAACACUGAAACUCUAGCGAUCUAUAAAACCAGGACACUUCCAUGUGCUACGUAGGCCUAUGAGAAACACAGAAAUACAAGGUGGGAAUCUGCCUUCAAGGCGUUGGCAGUCGACAGCGAAGGGAACUCAAGGACUUGUAAAAAGAUUUUUUAAUAAUAUUACUCAGGAAAAAGAUAAGAGCCAGAUUUUGACAAAGGGGAGGGUUUCCCUCAGCGGAAAGGGGCCCAUGCUUGGCCCUGAAAUGCUGCAGAUGUUUUUGUAGAAAUCAAGAUGAAGCAAAGAGGGAAGGGUGUGGUGAAGAGACAAGAAACGGGAGAAUCCGAGAAAUGGCGAGUAAUUAUAGUUUGACAAGACUGGAAUUAACCUGUGUUCUUCAGGACUCUAUGUGCAUUAAUUCUGGGGUAGACAGGAGCACCUGUAAAUGCAAACGUCUCACAGCUACGAGUACAUGUGGCGGGUGGCAGGCAAUUCUACUCCGCAAUGAGGAAAUAUGUUCUCACGCUACUAUGAAACCCAGAGCCACUUCCUGCGAAAGGCUGGUUUGUACAGUGGGAAGUCCUCCCACAAUGAGUGAUAGGUAUAACUGUUCAGACCUGUUUGUGAGUUUAGAUGUACAAAGCUCUCGGCCUCACAAGUCCUCUGUGUGCAGAUGUGUUUGUUCUUACUAGAAUAUUAUCUGAUUGAUAGAAAUCGUAUGUUUUCUACAAGGAAACUAUUAUUCAUGGAAUAAAGCUGUGACUGUAAGUGA